CAACAACAACAAUGGAGGCGAUGGAUCGGCAGUCGGGCGAGCCGACGUCCAGCACGUGGCACGGCGCCCUCUGACGAGGGUUCUGUGUAGGCUACGCGGGAGACAUUUGGCUUGGUGUGUGACUCCGCAGGGAUGAAUGCCCUCCCAAUGCGUCUCCUCCGCGGAUGGCCCUCGCUCCUCGCCACGGCCGCCGUGCUCAUCUGGAUCACGGUGCACUGGAAGCUUCCCGGACAGCCGGUGCUAGAGGAGGCCUGGCGCCGCGCGCAGCCUGGGACUCGCCUGGCGGGUCCCCCGACCCCGAGCCCCCAGGAGCGGGCCGAGGAGGAGGCCCUGUUGCGGGACCUACGCUGGCCCUCUCCGCCACGGUGGCCCGUGGCCUACGAGGCCACCACGUCCGCAGCGCGCAGCUGGGUGGAGGUGACGGCCCAGGCGGGGCGGCUGGCGGUGGGCGGUACGCUGGAGGUGACGGUGCGGGCACACGACCACCUCGGCCGCCCUAAGAGCUAUGGCGGAGACUUCCUAGAGGCCCGUCUGCUCUCGGUCCCCGUAGGCCGUGCGGCCGUCCCCGCCGUGCGGUACUGGGACCGAGGGGACGGCACCUACGGCGUGGCCUUCCCCCUGCCGUGGGCCGGCGUCGCCACCGUGGCCGUGAGCCUCGUGCACCCCGCGGAGGCCGUGCACCUGCUGGCGCGCCUGCGGGAGGAGCGGCCCGACAAGGUCUACUUCAGGAGUCUCUUCCGGCUGGGCAGCCUGUCGGAAACCACCGAGUGCAACGUCCUCCCGGAAUACCUCUCGUCCCCGUCGCCGUCCCCGUCGCCGUCCCCGUCACGGUGGUGGUGGUGGUGGUGGCCGUCACGGCGGUGGCCGCGGUGGCCGUCACGGCGGCGGCGGUGGCCGCGCCGGGCCCCCGGGGGCCGGGCGCUCUGCGACUUGUCUGGGCGGAGCGAGCCGAGCGAGCGCUGGGUGUGUGUGCGUCCCCGGGCCCCCGAGCUGCCCUGCUCCUCGCGCCGGGACCACUCGAAGGGGGGCUACCACGACGGCCUGCUCACGCCGGGGGACGAGCGGCUGCUCCAGACCGGCGUGAACUUGAGAACUCCAAUUCCUGUGCUGGGGUCGGACCGGAUCGCGGUUCAUCCUCGCCCCUCCCGCACACCGCACGCAGGCACUGGCGGGCCUCCACCUCAUCACCACCCUCCACCUCCUCCACCUCGUCGUGACCGACUCCCCGUGUGCUCCCCGGGGCCCCCACCUGGCUACGGCUACUACCUCCGUGGCGAUUGGCUGCAGCCGUCCUGCCGCUCCCUGCGGUUCAGGCGCCCGGAGAGGGCGGCCCGGUGCCUGGCGGGGAAGAGGGUUCACCUCGUCGGGGACUCGAACGUGCGGCAGUGGUUCGAGCACCUCGUCGCCUUCGUGCCCACUCUCCACCAGGUCCCGACCGGCGCCCCCCGCAGCACGGGCCCCCUGCUAGCGGUGGACGCGGCGCGCUCCACCUCGCUGCGCUACCACUGCCACGGCCCGCCCAUCCGCUUCACCGGGGUGCCCGCGGACACGCUGCGAUGGGAGGCGCCGCGGUUGGCGCGCCUGGAGGGCGGCCGCGGCUGCGUGGUGGCGCUGUCGCUGGGCGCCCACUUCACCAGCUUCCCGCUGGGGGUGUUCGUGCGCAGGGCGCGGGCGCUGAGGCGGGCGCUGGGCUCCCUGCUGGCGCGUGAGCCGGCCACCACCGUGGUGGUGCGCACCGCCAACACGCAGGCGCAGUCCGUGCAGCUGGCGCCGUACGGCAGCGACUGGCUGGCGCGGCAGCAGAACAGCGCCUUGCGGCGGCUGCUGUCCGGCCUGCCGCUGGGCUGGGUGGACGCCUGGGCCAUGAACGUGGCCCACUGGGGGCCGCCCCGACUCCACCCGGAGGCCGCCAUCGUGCACCUGCAGGUGGAGGCGCUGCUCUCCUACGCGUGCCCAGACAUGGACGACGACGCCGAUGACGAGGAGGAGGAGCUGUGGGAGGAGGAGGAGGUGGAGGUGGAAGAGGAGGAAGUGGAGGAGGGAGAGGGGCGACUGGGAAGGGAAUGA